CCUUCCGGUUUGUCCGCCAUUAAAGAAAGCAGACAUGGCUAUCAGGUAUCCUAUGGCCGUAGGCCUUAACAAAGGCCACCCUGUAACCAAGAACGUGACUGCCCCUAAACAUGGUCGUAGGCGAGGGCGUUUAACCAAGCACAGUAAGUUUGUGCGUGACAUGAUCCGUGAGGUGUGCGGCUUUGCCCCAUAUGAGAAGCGUGCCAUGGAGUUGCUGAAGGUUUCCAAGGACAAACGUGCCCUCAAGUUCAUCAAGAAGAGGAUUGGAACUCACAUCCGUGCCAAGAGAAAGAGGGAAGAGCUCAGCAAUGUCCUGGCUGCCAUGAGGAAGGCCGCUGCCAAGAAGGAUUAAGCUGUUCUUGCAAAUAAAUUUGUAUUUCAGAAAUUGA